CCACCUGUUACUCCUCCGAUGGUAAGUGCGUUAGUCGUGCGCAUCCUCUAUCUGGAGGCAGCACAGGCGAGAACGCACAACCCUGCCCGUGAGCAAUCUCCCAACUCAUCUCUGCUCAUGAUGGGAAUUAUGCUUAAAAAAACAGGAGACGAUUGCGCCAUCUGUCGACGGAAUAUAGAGUCAGGUUUAAAGGUCAGUGAUUUUUCUCCAUAACGCGAUUCUUAAUCGUGUAUUAUUAGUGCCCGACAGUUUCCUGAUGAUUUUUGUUUCGGUUUUAUACCGGCAAAAUGUGGGAAUACUAGAAUGCUAAUGUCAAAAUAAAAAUGCAAUUGUGCUUGAAUUUAAUAUGGUUAUUCUGUCUUUUAUAACCUAGUAGGUUUUUCUAGUCGAGCAGCUGUGGACAAGUAUCUUUUAUAUUUUGUAGCGUUAAAAUGAGUGGAUUAAGACUUUUAUCGAGUCGUGUCGGGGUUCAGAUGUUAUGUAAAUUGUUUUCUAAAACAUCCACUCAUACCAGAUUUAAAUCCUGUCUCUCCCAUGGAAGUACCUUUAAUGUUUACGACCACAAAGAGUACAGCACUGUUGAGAAUAAGGAUUUAAAUGUAAGCGGUCAGUGUGCUGAAGUACAAGUCGGAACUACAGAGGCACGCUCAUUAAAACUGGACAUUUCGUCAGGACCUAGUCUGAUGUCAUUUAUGGAACAACCUUGCUUAAAUAUCCCAACGAGCGAGAAAGUACCUUACUUGCCUAAUGUUAAUGGCAAUGGUCUUAACGUUUAUUUUGAGGUAUACGGUUGUCAGAUGAAUGUCAAUGAUACCGAAAUAAUUUGGGCCAUACUGACACGUAAAGGAUACGUGAAAACCGAUUCUUUGUCAAAAGCGGACAUAGUUCUACUUAUAACUUGUGCAAUUAGGGAUAAUGCGGAAAAUAAGAUUUGGGCUAGAAUAGGUCAGCUCGAUGCCUUGAGGAAAACUAGAAACAAGUCUAUGAAAUUAAACUUUAAAAUUGGAAUCCUAGGAUGUAUGGCAGAACGUUUAAAACAUAAGCUCAUCGAAAAAACCAAGGCAGUCGACAUCAUAGCUGGUCCAGAUAGUUACAAGGAUUUACCGAGGUUACUUGCAAUUUCUGAGGACAACGUCACUGCGAUAAAUGUUCAAUUAUCUGCAGACGAAACAUAUGCCGAUAUCACACCUGUGCGACUGAGCCUGAACAGCAAAUCUGCCUUUGUGUCUAUAAUGAGAGGAUGCAACAAUAUGUGCACUUACUGCAUAGUUCCGUUUACUAGAGGUCGGGAGAGGUCUAGGCCAAUUACCAGUAUAUUAGACGAGGUCAAACACUUGUCCGAUCAAGGUGUAAAAGAAGUAACCCUUCUCGGACAAAAUGUAAAUAGCUACAGAGAUACAUCCGAGUCAGCAUUUUACGUGGACAGCCGGAAGCAGACGAAGCUGGCCAAAGAUUUCAGGACAGUAUACAAGCCUCAGGUUGGAGGGCUGCGAUUCAGUGAUCUUCUCGACAAGGUGUCACUUAUCGAUCCAGAAAUGAGAAUAAGAUUUACAUCGCCACAUCCCAAGGACUUCCCCGAUGAAGUCCUGCACCUGAUCGCAGAGAGACCGAACAUCUGUCGACAGAUUCACCUUCCAGCCCAGAGCGGAAAUUCGUCCGUCCUGGAAAGGAUGAGACGUGGGUAUUCAAGGGAAGCUUAUCUAGACCUAGUGGCACACAUUCGGGAUCUUCUCCCUGACGUGGUUCUGUCUAGUGACUUCAUAGCUGGCUUCUGCGGAGAAACAGAGGAUGAAUUCGAGGACACCUUGUCUCUGAUACGUACCGUAAAAUACAAUAGUGCAUUUCUAUUCGCGUACAGCAUGCGAGAGAAAACUACGGCACACCAUCGCUUGAACGACGACGUCCCGCGGAAGAUCAAACACAACAGGAUGCAGAAAAUGACGCACGUGUACAGAACGGAAGUAGAGAAAUUGAACAUGGAGCAAAUCGGUCAACACCAGCUGAUCCUUAUAGAGGGGUCCAGCAAAAGGAGCCACUUGGAUCUUCAAGGACGGAACGAGGGAAAUAUCAGAGUAAUUAUUCACAACGAGAUGCUCUCGAAGAACAUCCACUACAACAAUGGCUUCAAAGAUAUCAAGAGCGGUGAUUACGUCGUGGUGCAGAUUUGUCACGCAAAUUCCCAGACCUUGAUCGGCGUGCCGCUUUAUCACUCCUCGAUCUCCGAAUUCUCCUCGCGGAUGCAGAGAUCUUAUGUCGGUCGUAUUUAAGAAAAACUAGGAGAAAAAUAUCCGCGAAGCUCUGGUCCGUUGAGACUUUCAGACUCGAGUGUAUAAUGUAAAUCUUAUAUUAUUGUACAUACGUGACGUACGGAGAAUAUAUACAUAUUCACACGUAAUAAAUAGCUUCCAACGAGGUUUCGUACAUCUGUACACGGUAUCGUUUCUUA